CCGACCCGAAAGAAAACCGAACUUGAACGAUCGAUCUCUUGCGGAUUUUGCCCACGGCCUCUUGCUCUUGUGCUAUAUAAACUCAAGUGUCCCAUUUUCCAAAACCCUAGCUCUGAGGGACGAAACCCCUCCUCUCUUCGGCGGCUUCCCUCUUCUGCCUGAAGUGAAGCCAUGGCCGUGCCAUUGCUGUCGAAGAAGAUUGUCAAGAAGAGGGUCAAGAAGUUCAAGAGGCCCCAGAGUGACCGCAAGGUCUCUGUUAAGCCAAACUGGCGUAGGCCAAAGGGUAUUGAUUCCCGAGUUAGGAGAAAGUUCAAGGGAUGCACAUUGAUGCCUAACAUUGGUUAUGGCUCGGACAAGAAGACCAGGCAUUAUCUUCCCAAUGGCUUCAAGAAAUUUGUGGUGCACAAUGUCACAGAGCUUGAACUGCUUAUGAUGCACAACAGGACUUACUGUGCAGAGAUUGCACACAAUGUCUCCACAAGAAAGAGAAAGGAGAUUGUGGAGCGAGCUGCUCAGCUCGAUGUUGUGGUCACUAACAAGCUUGCGAGGUUGCGCAGCCAGGAGGACGAAUGAGUUUGUUAGAAUUACAAUCUUAUUACUUUACAUCUAGUAGUAUUGUUGUUCAUUUUGGCUUUUGGGUUUUUCCCCUGUUCCCAAGCAUGUAGCUUUGCUAGCUAGGGGAUAUUUUUGGUCCUUGAAUUUGAAAUAUUUUGUUACUUUAUGGAUUUUGGUAUGUAGCUGAAUUGUCCCUAGUUGUGUUGGGAGGAAAAAACAUGAACUGUCUUUGAUUACGAGGUAUUGAAAUUUUUAACAUGCUUGAAGAUGCAA